AUGAGGGGAAUGAGUCCUGUUGCAGCGCUAGGGGAAUGGGUCCCAGUGGAGCGCGAGGGGAUCAAGUCCCGGUACAGCGGGAGAUUAAUGAGUCCUGGUACAGCGGGAGAUUAACAAAUCCUGGCACGACGGGAGAUGAACGAGUCCUGGUACAGCGCGAGGGGAGCCGGUCUUGGUGCGACAUGAGAGGAACAAGUCCUGGUACAGCAGGAGAUGACCAAGUCCUGGUACAGCGGAAGAUGAAGAAGUCCUGGUACAGCAGGAGAUGAACGAGUUCCGAUUACCAAGUAAGAAACUGAAUAGGAAGAACUCUGGCACAAGAAAAGACCUAAAUCCAACUGAUCAACUAAAGAAUCAAAGAACAGCCAUCAUUCUACAGCUCUGCAGUCUGCCACCCAAUUAGUCCUUCCUUUUUGUUACUUUUCCACUUCCCUACCUCCUCGCAGUUGUUUAAGAUCAGGGCUGCUAAUCAGAGUCUUGGUUGAAAUUGAUCCUCGAUCAACCGGAACUGUCGUGUCGUUCAUCUCGCUGUUAUUUGCGGAUUCAGUUGCGUACAAAUUAUUCUUCCUCAAGGGCAAAUCACAUGCUAUGAAGGGCAGAGAAAUAUCUAGAGAAAGGUGAAAAGACGACCUAUCAAACACUACUGCUUUCCACGGCGAAUGCUGUUCAGUAAAACUGUGAAAGGAGCAUGGUAGAGCUGGAUAAACACAGCUGACCGAGCAGGAACACUGACAUUACGGACCUCGACCUUUCUCCGGAAAUCUAGAUCUCUCCUAGCUCUGUGAAAGGAGCAUGCGUGCUGGAGUUGUAGCCUCUUCAGUUGCGACUAAUCAAAUCGCGGCCACCCUGAGCUUCAGCCAAUCGCCGCCGUGUCAGCAAUGAUUGACAGGGGGAUUUCGAGGCAGUUGAGGGUUUCCAUUUCAUUCAUAUGACGUAGGCAGGAGUUGCAGUACACGGGUGUGGAACCCCAACAAGGCCGCCUUUAGACUGGUCUUCGCCGUUGGCCGGAAUCUGCGUUAUAUGGGCAAAGUUAACAUCUCGUCUCCACAGCGCGUUACUAAUUUGAACGUGUGCGAAGUCUCGAAGCUGAUGUGCCCAGUGAAAUCUCCAUGAAGAAGCUAGCUGUUUGAACCACCGUUUGGAAAGUUACUGGAACGUAGAAAGGAUCAAGAACCUUUAGCAUCAAACACUUGAAUGGGAUUUUUGCUGUCCAAUUAUGGAUAUUACAACAGAUUGUAAACAAGAUCUCUCAAAUGAAAUCUAUAGACUUGGAACAUUUAUCAACUUUCCAUCUGAUUCCCCAAUAUCUGAAGCAACAUUAGCCAGAGCAGGUUUCUUUUACACUGGUAUCAAAGACCAGGUUAAAUGUUUCAGCUGUGGUGGUGCAGUAGAUAACUGGCAACAUGGAGAUUCUGCUGUACGAAAACAUAGGCAGCUAUUUCCAGCUUGUCCGUUUAUUAAUGCUUCAAGUCUGACUGAACGAAUCGCAAACUCUGAUUGUUCAGUUGCAUCUCAUGACCCUGAAAAGGCUGACCAAGCAGCUGCAAAUAGUAAUCAUGCAUUGGAAAAUCGCCCUUGCAACCAGUUAACUGUUGUCCACCAAAGUUGUAAUCAAAUUCCUAGCAAUCGUGUGAAAAGGAAGAGUAUUGAAGACCUUUCGCACCUACGACCCAAAAACCCUGUAAUGUGCAGUGAAGAAGCCAGGCUUUCUACCUUUACCAAGUGGCCAAGUUAUGGGAUUGUAACACCAAGAGAACUUGCUAAAGCAGGACUUUAUUAUACGUACAAAGAUGAUCAAGUACAAUGCUUUUGUUGUGGAGGGUUAAUGAAAAACUGGGAACCUGGAGAUCGAGCAAUGUCAGAACACAAGAGGCAUUUUCCGAUGUGUGCUUUUGUUUCAGGGCGUUUUAUUGGAAAUAUACCAAUUGAUGCAAAUUGCAGUGAAACAUUUGAUGUUAACCCUCAGUCUGUAAUUGAACCGAAAGCAAAUACCUCUGAUUUACCUAAGCAUCCAGACAAGCAGACAUUUGAUUCGCGUCUUCAAACCUUCAAAUGCCAAAUAAGUUUUCCACUUAAUAUUGCUGAUCUUGCAAGAGCUGGAUUUUACAGCACAGGUGACGAUGACAAUGUGAAGUGUUUUCACUGUGAUGGAGGGCUCAGAAAUUGGGAAUCUUCUGAUGAAGCCUGGGAGCAACAUGCCAAGUGGUUUCCAGGGUGUGCUUUCCUGAUAGAACAGAAAGGCCAUGACUUUAUCAAUGAUGUUCAGUUGAGGAAAUUGUACUCCAACUCCAAAACUGAAAUGUUGCCUCAAGGUGACCUUUUUGUACAUCAACCAGAAACUGAGAACUUCUUUGAGCAUUCCCAUGUAGCUCAGGGUGCUCUUGAGAUGGGAUUUGACAAAUCCCUAAUUAUGGAACUCAUGAAAAAGAAACUCCUAUCAACAGGUGAUACCUACAAGUCUGUUGAAAUGCUGGUCACAGAUAUUCUGGCAGUUGAAAGAGAUGCACCAGAUCAGGAACAUGAAGAUCAGCAGCCAGAAACAAAUGUGGAGGAGCAGUUGAGAAAACUGAAGGAAGAGAAGUGUUGCAAAAUUUGCUGGGAUCGAGAUGUUUGCAUUGCCUUUGUCCCCUGUGGACAUAUAGUCACAUGUAAGGAGUGUUCUGCUGUACAGAAAUGCCCUAUAUGCUGCUCCCAAAUUCGUGACAGAGUUAGGAUAUACUUGUCUUAAAUAAUGGGGUAAAAUUUAUUAUUUGCCUGAGUUUUGCAGUAAAGGAUUAAUUUGUUUUGUAAACUAAGUACUACUAUUUAAUUUUUGCACAGUUACUCAAUUCUAAUAGGUUUAAUAGUAUGCCAAUUAACAAUCAACACAGAACACAACUGUCAUAGCAAUUAACUACAAACUUUCAAUAAUGUUUAUUAUUUGAUUGACCGCUUAUGCUGAAACACAAUUGCCUUGUCAAUGUGUGAUUUUGAAAUCUUGUACAAAUCUAUCUUUUGGCCUUGGACCUCAAUGCAACUCCUGCUCUAGAAUGGAAUACCUCAGUCUCAAAGAUUGUUACAACAGGCUGCAUCAUGGAUUGUUCUCUUGAGCAUCCAAAAACCUUGGUGACAUGCAUUUUUGAAAUAACUAGUGCCCAAAAAAAUUGCAACUCCUAAAGCUAAGAAUUGCAUGUGAUUUAACUGUUUGAUAGACGUUGCAACAGUUUAUGAAACUGUGGGCUGUUAAUUCUCUUUUCUUAUCUUCAAAAGAGGCAACCUGCUAAUGACUAUUUCUAACUGCAGGAGUGUGGGUUGGAAAUUUGGUGUGUUUAAAAUUUUGUGGAAUUGGAAACCUGUAUGGCAUGAUCUGUACAUCAAUCAAAAAUCCCUUUUUCCUUAAACUACAGGAAGCAGAAGGCAAACAACUUUUUUAAGGAAUAGUAUGCUGCCUAGACAAGUGGAAGUUUGGAAUUCCACUGCAAGAGAAAAAUGUUUUAUGACUAAAGUAUAGCUAGAAGUUGCAAACUAAACUUGGGUGAUGAAUAGACAGGUGAGCUGGUGGACUGUGAUAACAUCCUACCAAACUUCACUUAAAUUUUCAUGUUGGGCUGCACAAUUAGAACAUCCUGAGCCAAGAUCAUGUUCUUCGCAAAAAUGAUGACUUCAUUUGCUGUGAUUCUGAGUAACUAGUCACAUAGUAAAUCAUAAUCCAACAUGAGCAACACUAUUCCAUCCUUGUUGACAGAAACAUUGGAAUACAGUAAUCCUUUUAUCUUUUUAGUUUUGAGUUUUAGUUGACAGCUGCAUAAGAUGUUGAAAUGACUUUUUUAUUUGGCACUUCAUAUUUAUUAAUAAAAUUAAACCUUCAUACUGGUGUAAUUAUACAACAACAAUCUGAGUUUCAUAUCUAUUGUUAAAACUUUAACAAUGUACUUUUGUAUGGACCAAAUUUUAGUCGUGUUCAAUAUCCCUGUCCCUUGAAUUGACAUUUCUUGGAUCAUGAUUUGUUUUGGGUUGAAGAUUGAUUAUUGCUUGAACCUAGAUAUUUUACCUAGAAUUUUGCAAGGAACUGACUUCGAAUAAAGAAACAAUUUUAUUUUUCUUAA